ACUGUGUUUGUGGAGUGAGUACUUAGGAACCAAGAACAGCAACAUGGUUCAAGUGCAAUUUGGAGUGAAUUAAGACAAAAAUGUGUAUAAUUACAAUCAAAUAAGCACUGUGGAGUUUCAGUUGUGACGGCAGUAAGGAUAAAACCACCGAUUACAAGAUAAUGUUAAUGAGGUAAGAAAGUGUGUCUUGAAGAUUGCAGUAGUACUGAAGCAUGAGAAAUGGAUUUAGAAACAGAAGAGGAGCUCAAUCAUAAGCAAAGUCUAAAAGCUGCAGUUCACUUUACAGUAGGUCGAAUUUGUGAGCAAGUUGGAUGUGAAUAUGGGAUGUCUUUCAGCAAACAGGUCAUUGCUACAUUAUCAGAACUCACAGUGCGACAGUUUGAAGUCUACACUCAGGAUUUAGAAGCUUUUGCAAAGCAUGCACGUCGUACUACUAUUAUUGCUGAGGAUGUAAAGCUUCUUGUCCGUCGAAACAAACAUUUGCUAGAAAAAGUCAGUGAAAUAGCACAAGGACUGGAAAAACCAACUGGCAAGAAGAGAGGCAGAAAGAAAUCAAAGAAUACAGCUGGGACAUCAGGAGAUGCACCAGAGCCUUUGGAGAUUGAUAUUUCCUGAGAUCAGGUUGAAUAAGUCAGCAGUUAUGUCCACUAGGACCAGUUAACUGAAUUUAUAUUGUAUUGUGAUUACUAUUGAAGCUUCAGAUAGUAUAAGUUCUUUUAAUUUUUUAUAAGUUAAUUUGUUCAUGUUGAUUAUUAAUUUCUUCAGUGCCUAUAAUCCUUUAUAUAUAUUGAUUGUCCACUAACCAGGUGGGGCAGACAGGUGCUUGUUUCCCCCAUAAAGUUUGGCAAAAACCAAUAAUAUAAAUGUAAAGAUAUGUAAUUGAUGCAUUGCAGUCUACAAUCAACACAAUUUCAGAAUAUGUUCUUCAAUUGAAGCUGUGACAAGGCUUUACUAAGAUGAGUAAAGACUGCUUUAUAACAACUAUUCUAAGAGGGCCUUUCCUGUGUAAAGGUAAUUUUGUGUUUGUGUGAAAUAAAUUAUAAUUAAAACCGUCCUCUGUAAAGUUUUACAAGAGAACAGCUUGAGUUGUCCUUUUAUGAUUGUAUAUAAAGAUUUUGCUAACA